CUGCAAAUGCAUCAGGAGAACAGAGGAUCUGUUCAGACUACAGACAGACAGAAACGGACUGAAGACUAAUGGGCUGAUGAACCGAACCAGAAACCCUCCUUGGACCCGAGUAGACUGACACCAUGGAUGAAGCUGUAUGGUGGUUUCCUAAUGCCUCCCAGGGAGCUCUGCAGUAGGAUGCACGUCGGUAUCUCCAUCUGGAUGCUCCCACAGAUGACGUCCCGCCUCUGCUUACUCAUCCUGUCAUCCUUGGCAGUCUCAUCCCAACUGGGUUUGGAGGAUGUUUUCUUCAGUCCCCAGGACCAAACAGUCAGGGAAGGAGAGGGAGUUUUCUUCCAGUGUGUGUCCGGGGAAAGUUCACCUCCUGCGAGCAUCAGCUGGCUCAAAGAUAGAAAGGUGGUCACAAGGGGUCGACGGAUUCAGGGAGAGUAUGGAGGUGGUCACCAGAAUAAAACUUCAGGUACUCUGCAUCUUUUCAACGUAACAUUAGAGGAUGACGGGAUAUACAUUUGUGUCACACACAAUCCUUUACUGAACAUCAGCAAGAGGAGCAAACCAGCUAAACUAACAGUGCAGGGGGUUCCCAGACGGCUGCAGAUCAUCCAGGGCCCUGACAACAUCACUGUUGCUAUGGGAACAGAGGUCUCCAUGCACUGUGCUGUUCGUGGCUUCCCUGUUCCCAUGGUGCACUGGUUCAAAAACGGCUGCCUCCUGACAAACUGCUCGGCCUUGUUCAGCCUGCAGAACAAUGGACAGCUGCUCACAUUCAGGAAUGUAACCAAGGAUGACGAGGGCUCAUAUCACUGUGAAGCAUCAAACCAGAAAGAGACAAUAAAGUCCCGACCAGCCUUCCUACUUCCAGCUGAGAUGGACUGGAGUUUUGUGCAGCAGCCCAUAAACCUGACAGUGAGGAGAGGCGAGAACGUUACAGUCACCUGCAGACCUCCAUACAGCAGACCAGCAGCCCAGGUCUCCUGGUUCAAAGACAGCCAGCUCCUCAUCCCCACCACUCAUGUCACAGUACUGCCGAGUGGAGACCUCUUCUUUGACAGUAUCCAAGAGUUUGACGGUGGGAGCUACUUCUGCAGGGCCUCCAAUAUCUACCUUCAAAGAUUUCUCACCUCCAGACGAGCUUCACUAACUGUGCUGGCACCUCCAUCACUGAAAGUGUGGCCUCAGCUGCUGACGGUGCCUAUGGGUGCUCGGGUGGUGCUUGAGUGUCAGGUGUCAGGUCACCCUUUACCCUCCAUCAGCUGGAUCAAAAGAGGCCACUCCAAGCAGACUGGAGGCAAGAUUGCUUUGGGACUGAGAAACGCCACGCUCUACAUCCAGUCAGCCAGGAACUACGAUGAAGGAGUGUAUGUGUGUGAGGCCUCAAACACACUGGGCCAAAGCCGCAGCACCGCAAUGCUGAGAGUCGCCGUGAGCCCCAUCAUACUGACCUUCGUAGGUCAGGUGAGCUGCAGGAUCGGGGCUUCAGCAGUCCUGCCCUGCAAGGCUGUAGGGAUUCUGCCCAUCACAUAUACCUGGAGCCGAGACAGAGGGGAGACACAGUCCCCCGUCAGUCUCACUGCAGACAGGCACGUUGAUGAAGAUGGAGCUCUGCAUAUUUCGAGUGUGCAGUUGUCUGACAGAGGAGAGUAUUACUGUACUGCUGAGAACCGAGCAGGACGACAUCAGAGACGUACCGUCCUCACUGUCACAGCUGAAGAUCAUCCAGCUGAUAGAGGCAAGCAGACAAGGCUGGUUUUGUCUGCUCGCAUCAACACUAGCAAAGAACUGCCAGUUUCCCAAUCCAGAGACUCUAUGGGUGAUCAAUACCUUAAGACAAGACAUCAUCUACACGUACAGGCACAGCAUAAGGAAGCCACAUGUUUCUCAUCAAACUGUGAUGCUACAACAAAUGGAGCUGCCACAUAUUCUACAUUUUCAAGGGGAGCAGUGGCUGAGCUGAAGGUGUCACCGCGGUCACUCGGCCGUUUUUCACACCACCACCUGAUUCAGCCAACAACCAAUCCAAACCAGCCGUUAAUCACACAGAUGCAACCUCCUAUGUUGCCCCCACCUCCGCCUCCACAACUGCCAGUGACCAGUGCUACGCUUUUAAUUUCACAUAGUGAACCAGCAAUAACACACAGCCAGACAUCGGUAGUCACCAGUGAAGUUUUGGGUACAACCUUUCAGUAUCAGGUCUCUGAACGUCAAUCCCAUUUGACAUUAACAUCAUCACAUACACAAUUUCAGCAUCAAGCCGGUGAUUCUCAGGACUCUAACAUCCGUGCUGUGUCUCUAGCUAGUCAAACCACAGAGCUCCUCGCUGAGAGGCCCGUGACCCAACCACCGUCAAAGCUUCCAGUGGGUGGACUGUUUGGCUUUGUCAAGUCGGAUUCGUAUUCGCCGACUCCAACACAGAGUCUUGUAACCCAAACUACGACAAGUCACUCUGAUUCAGUCACCCAGUUGCACCAAUCUCAAACCCAGUCACCCCAACUGGUUACAAAAAGUCAACUUUACCCAUCCUACCAUGAGUCCACCUCAGCCCAGACUUCUCAAACAAACCCUCUACAUCAGCAGCCUUCUCCAACCCCCUCACAAAUACCUCAAACUCAUCCCCAACAAACCUCUACUUUAAGUUUUUUACCCAAGUUCCACCUUGAGCUAUCAACGAUCCAGCAACAUCUGCCUCCCACACAACCUCCACCUUCUUCAAUCACCACGCCUCAGCCAUCCCAAGUUCACAGUCAGCCUUCAGUAACUAAACCAACUUCAGCCAUCACUACACUUCCCCAAACCCACCCUCAGUCAUCUCCAACACAGCAUCCACAGCCUUCAGUCUCAACCGUCCAUCUUCAUGAUCAGACCUCUGAUCUGUCAACAUCGGACCCUGAGAAUCCCAUUGUCCAUCAGGUAAACAUGUCCGAUCAGGUACAACUAAAUGUUACUCAGCAAGGUGACCCCGCUCAGUCAGCUAAAUCAGCCAACGACACUGAGCUUACAGAGUGGCUGAAGAGGAACACUUCCCAAUCACCUAUGACCAGUAAUGAUCCCAGGGUGACACAGCAGUCUCCAUCAUGGCUGCCCGUGCUGGAGAAACAUGACAUCCCCAUCGUGGUGGGAGUGGGUGUAUCUUUGGCUUUCAUCUUCAUCACUGUUACCUUCUAUUCAGUGGUCCAGAAGAACGAACCUGCACCAACUAGUCGAGCAGCUCAGAGGAAUCUGGGCGUACCCAUACGACACACUGAGCGACGAGCUGCAGGACGUACAUAUGAAAACAGAGCUUUUGAAGACGAUGAUUGUGUGGCAGUGAUUGAGCAGAGCCCCAACACGUCAGACACCCGAGCCCGACCUCCAGGACCCAGCCUGGUCACGGUGCAGAUGGAGCCCACAUUUGAGGAUCUUCAAGAGGAGACACCACCCUCUCUGAACAACCACUCGGUCACCGUAGAAACUUAUCCUGAACCCAUUCUUGACACAAAGAUUGAUCCCUCUCUGGAGGAGGAGGAGAAGGGCUUCACUUUGUCCCAGCCCAGCAUCCAGCUGCAAUGCUCUGAGGACUGGACCAGUAACAGAGAAGACAACCACAGCCCAUGUCAGGAUGCCUUGCCUCCUCCAUCAUCUUUACCUUCCCGUUCACCUUCCCCCUCUCCACCAUCCAGACGUGAGGAGGGCCUGCACUCCUCAUUAACCCUGCAAUGUGCUGAGCAAUGUGUAGCACCAAUCCACCACAGCCUCAGCAUCUCACAUGGCAACCCACCCUUGCUCCUGUCUCACCACGUCUCCUUGGGUCUCACUACGGUUGCUGUGGAUGUCCAUUUUUACCCAGCGGCCACUGCUUCGAUGGCAGUAGACACUACCACUCAUAUCAAUUCAGUCUCUAAUUCCACUUCAGUGGCUGGGCCUCUCUUCAGUCCUCCAUUAGUUAACAGUCGGGAGAAUGACCAAUCAGCUGCCAGAUGUCAUCAGUGUAAGUAGCUACAGUUUAAGGCAUCAAGUCAUUUGACAUCCUCAUGUCAACCAACUCCAACUAUGACUUCACCACUGUACCCACAAUGAGAAACAUAUUGAUAUAACAUGAGGAAUUAUAUUAAAUUAAUAGUUCAACAUCUUGGGAAGUAUGCAUAUUUGUUUUCUUGAUGAAAGAUAAAUGAUUAUAAGACAAAUUAACUUUAGUUAUGUGACAUAUUUCUGAGUAAAAUGAAGAAAAAAGAAAAAAAAAGACACUAAGAAAUUGUCAUAAACUUGUUUUAACAUCUUUGCUUGUGUGCAGCUUAAAUGAAAGAUAUACAACAUGAUGAUUACUGAGCUUUAGAGGUGCUGCUAUGGGCCGAUUUUUAAACUUUUUAAAAUAUGAUUUUAUUUUAUUUUUGAAACAGGCUAGCUGUUUCCCCCUGCUUCAAGCCUUUAUGCUAAGGUAAGCUAAAAUAACCUAAGCUAAGCUAACUGCCUCGUGGCUUCAGCUGCCAAAGGAGCUAUUUGAAAGUUUUCCUAUUGCUACAUAACCAACAUUAGCAUUAACAGCUGUUUAGAAGAGAUGUUGUGAGUUUAGUAUCAAACUUCAUUCCUUUACUCACCAAGAGCUGUCUGCAGCUUCUUUUCUUGUAGUUGUAGUUAGCAUGCUAACCAACUUUCCCUCUCGUCAUAUAAAUUCACUGAUGGCUAUAGUUUUCAGGAAGAUGUAAGGAAACUGCUGUUAAUGUUAAUGUUUGCCAUGUAGCGAUAGCAAAACUUAAUGCACAGUAUGUAGGCAGUUAGCUUAUCUUAGCUUAGUUUAUCUUGGUGUGGUGUUGCUCUUCUCAUCUAACGCUUGGCAGGACAGCGAAUAACAAUAUGUUGAACUAUUCCUUUAAAAAAAAAAAACACCUACAUUCUGUAUUAGCAUCCACAUCUUUUUGUUAAUAUGUAUUUCAUAGAUUUAGUACAGCAUUUUAUGUCUCAUGUCAUGUUACAUGUUUUACUGGCUACUUCUGAAUACAAUUACAGUUUUACAAUGAAUAGCCUUGCUUUUUAUUGUUUUAAUUCUCUAUUUUAUUAAUGGAACAUGAAAGAGAAAAUGUACACGUGUAGUAUUCAUUUUAUUAUUAUUUACGUAGGAGACACAUUUCACUCUGAUUCAAAUGAUGUAAUUGGUUAUAGGUUAGUUCAAGUAAAAAUGUGUUGUACAGUAGAGACAUCUUUAGUGAAACAGCCAAGGAUACAUUACUUUGUCAGAAAAUAUUGCAAUUUUUGUGACAGAACUUGUUCAUUGACCUGCUCGUUCUCUUGAUAUCAAGCUACUUGACUGUUAAAUCUUUUUUUUUUUAAAACCAAAGGAAGAUACAUUUAGACAAGACAGCCAAAGUCUUUGUUGACAUUUUUGUAUGUACCUCAGACAUGGCCAUGUGACCCUUACUCUCAAAAUAAAGCAUGCUUUCAUUUACUGAAUACAUGCUUUAUGAUAAAGAAAAAUGUUAGUUGCUGCACCUGA